UACACCAUCGAAAGACAGAGCUCAAUGAUGUCUCUUACACGCUUGCUAGUAUUGCUCCUUGGAGUGGUGGUUCUCACUACUCCGUCCCUUGGUACCUACGAGUCACCCAACUAUGGGAAACCACCUACUCCUGUCUACAAACCUCCGGAGGUGAAGCCACCACCAAUUUACGAACCUCCAAAGAAACCAGAACCUAAGCCACCCAAGCCCCCUGUCUAUGAACCUCCAAAGAAAGAGAAGCCAGAGCCUAAACCACCUAAGCCACCAGUCUAUGAGCCUCCUAAGAAGAAGAAGCCAGAACCAAAGCCAGCUAAGCCCCCAGUUUAUUCACCUCCAAAGAAAGAGAAGCCAGAACCCAAGCCACCAGUCUAUGAACCUCCGAAGAAGCCACCAGUCUAUGAACCUAAGCCACCAAAGCCACCAGUUUAUGCACCACCAAAGAAAAAGAAGCCAGAACCCAAACCACCAGUGUAUGAACCUCCGAAGAAGCCACCAGUCUAUGAACCUAAGCCACCAAAGCCACCAGUUUAUGCACCACCAAAGAAAAAGAAGCCAGAACCCAAACCACCAGUGUAUGAACCUCCAAAGAAGCCUCCAGUGUUUGAACCAAAGCCACCAAAGCCACCAGUUUAUGCACCACCAAAGAAAGAGAAGCCAGAACCCAAACCGCCGGUGUAUGAACCUCCAAAGAAGCCUCCAGUGUUUGAACCUAAGCCACCAAAGCCACCAGUUUAUGCACCACCAAAGAAAGAGAAGCCAGAACCCAAACCGCCGGUGUAUGAACCUCCAAAGAAGCCUCCAGUGUUUGAACCUAAGCCACCAAAGCCACCAGUUUAUGCACCUCCAAAGAAAGAGAAGCCAGAACACAAACCACCGGUGUAUGAACCUCCAAAGAAGCCUCCAGUGUUUGAACCUAAACCACCAAAGCCACCAGUUUAUGCACCACCAAAGAAAGAGAAACCAGAACCCAAACCACCAGUAUAUGAACCUCCAAAGAAGCCACCAGUAUCUGAACCUAAGCCACCAAAGCCGCCGGUUUAUGUACCUCCAAAGAAAGAAAAGCCAGAACCCAAGCCCCCAGUCUAUGAACCUCCAAAGAAACCACCAGUAUAUCAGUCACCUUAUGGUCACUAUCCAGGACACCCUCCAUUGGAGAAGUCCCCAUCACCUAGUCAUCCGAACAACUAAACUAAUAUGGCUAUAUAAAUGGAUCAGUACCUACAAAUAAGAGCUACUGUCAACUCAUAUUCUAUUUUCUUGUAUGUCAUGUGAUGUUUUCUUGUUUGUCAAGUUUUAUGAGAGACCACUGGCGAGAAUGCUCAUAUCAGCCCUCUUUGAAAUGUCUAUUCUAUAUCUUCUUGUUGCUCAACGAGCAUUUUCUGAUUCAACUUAUAUACGAAAUGCCAAUUGCAGGAGUGUUUAUCACAGAUUAAAUUUCUUGUAUUCUCAUGCAUGUGCAUGCCUUUUUGGCCAUCCAAAAUAGCCCCAGAACUCAACUUUUCUUAUGUUUUCAGUACUUGCAUGGAGAAAAUGGUGGUAGAUAUGUUGGUAUAAGAUAACAAAAGUAAAUUUGAGGCAAUGAUGACGGUUGCAAUGACCAAUCUUCUAGCAUUUGCAGUGCACAUGAACAAGAAAGGAAACGAAAGCCAUCACCUUAAGAAAAUUGGCUAGAAAACUAUGCAAUUUCAUCUCUAUCAAUGUUUUUCAAUAUUGCUUUAAUCUGACUAAUUUCGCUCUACUUUAAAUUUUGCCAUCAACCAGUAAAAGUAAGAGAACAGGGCUGUAUUCGACUCUGGCUUGUCUUGACUACCAAAUUAUCUUCUGUAUAUAC